GCAUUUUUCAAUUCCAAAUCGCAUUCGAAAUAUAUUAUUCAGUUUUGUGGUUUCGUGCGCCAAACACAGCUUUUAAUUCGCUCAGUGAAAUAGAGAGCAACAGGAUCGACGAUAGCGACAAAAUCUUUUCAUUGAGAUCCAUAACAUAAUAGACGUGAAUCGUUUUACAUUUAGACGGCUUGCAUUUGUUUUGUGUGCUUUUCUGCUCUCGGUUUGCAUCGAUAGAUUAGACAGAUCCAGUUGGUUUGGAGUUUGUGUGUAAAACCACUAUUUCGCGGUUGGUGUUUCAAAGUUUUAACCAUAAUCUGUGCGGUCGAUAGAUUUGUACACACACACACACGCAAACACAUAGAAGACGGGAUCACUGAAUAGCACAUACAUCGUGGAGCUACGACUCUUUCAUUUUCUCCAAUUCGUCUUUUAUCGCGUUCUCAAUUUUCAUAGUCUAAUUCGAACGCGCGGUUUGUAAAUUGAUUCGUCUUUUAUUGAAGCGAAAACGAUUCAACGAUUAAGAUCAGUCCAUAUUUGUGAGCAACAUUAUCAACAUGGGUGACGAUUGGGCAAUUCGGAUGUUACAAAAUGGCACUAAUUGUACUCCACCUGCAAUAGAUGAUUUUCCGGCCGAUUUGUUUACACGAGAGCAACGGCAAGCGGGUGCUGUCGUUGUUCACAUUACAGUUAGUCUAUAUUUAUUUUUAGCUCUUGCCGUAGUAUGUGAUAAAUAUUUUGUACCGGCAGUGGAAAGAAUAAGUCAAGCGCUGAAUAUGUCUAGCGAUAUUUGCGGUGCCACGUUUAUGGCUGGUGCAACGAGUAGUCCGGAAUUGUUUGUGAAUGUUAUUGGAACGUUCAUUACAGAAGGUGACAUUGGCAUCGGCACGAUUGUUGGUUCAGCAGUAUUCAAUAUCCUUGCGGUUGCUGCUUGCUGUGGCAUUGGCGCUGGAAUGGAUAUUCCAUUAGAUUGGUGGCCACUGACAAGAGAUUGUUUAGCAUAUGGAUUUACAGUAGCUGUUUUAAUCUGUAUUAUUCAUGAUGAGCGUGUUGAAUGGUAUGAGGCAUUGAUAUUGGUUGUAUUGUACAUCGUAUAUAUCGGUGUUAUGUAUUUCGAUAAAACGAUUCAAAAAUGGGCCAAAGGUGGUGUUCGGCAUGCACAAGCACGACGCUCACAACGUGGAAGUUUAGCAUCGAAAUCAAGUCGUGACGGAGACGAGAAAAUUCGCCCGUUGAGUGUUGAUCACUUUAAUCAAAAUGGAAAUGUAAAAAGCAUCAGUCACAUCGAUGCUGAUGUAAAUGCAGGAAAUGAAAACGAUGACAAUGAACAGAAAGCCAUACAAAGCAUAGCCGAAACGGUGAAUGAAAAAAUGUCGCUGGAAAAAUCGGAUAUUGAAUUGGCAGUGCGUCAAUCAAAGCCAACGGAGAAAAAAGAUGCGAUUGUUGUAAAAGAAAAAUCCGAUGACGAAAACGACGAAAAAGAUGAACGACUUUAUUUGUUCCGUUAUCCAAAGCAUAAGCGCAUCUGGAAACAAGCAUUCUGGAUCAUAAUCUGGCCCGUUGAAUUGAUUUUCUUCCUUACAAUACCGAAUUGUGAGAAAAAACGUUUCCAAAAUUUAUUUCCACUCACAUUUCUUAUGUGCAUCGUUUGGAUUGGUUCACUUUCCUAUUUGGUCGCCUGGAUGAUUACAAUUGUUGGUGAUACAUUGAAUAUCCCGGACUCUGUAAUGGGUAUCACAUUUUUGGCAGCUGGCACAAGUGUUCCCGAAGCCGUUUCCAGUGUUAUUGUAGCAAAACAAGGACACGGAUCGAUGGGAAUAAGCAAUAGCAUUGGAUCGAAUACUUUUGAUAUUUUACUGUGCUUGGGAUUACCGUGGUUGAUAAAAGCAUCAUUUUUACCAAUUUCACCGGGUAAACAUUGGGUUGGCAUCAAUUCACAUGGUUUGGAGUAUUCGGCGAUAUCUUUGCUGUCGACCCUGUUGUUGCUGUACAUCGCAUUUUCACUUAAUAAAUUUAAAUUGGAUCGAAAGUUGGGCAACACUUGUUUGCUGAUGUACGCUGUUUUCCUAACUUUAGCAACUCUCAUCGAGCUUAAUGUAUUCUUUAGAGUAAAUUUGCCCGCCUGUGUGAAAAGUUCAUAAACAUUUUCUAUAUUAAUGAAACGGUUUCAUUGAAACCGAAAAAAAGAGCAAUCACAUUUUUUUUUGGAACAAACACAACGUAAUCUAAUACGAUUAAGUAAAAUAAAAUAAAAGUGCAUUCCAUUUCAAGAGUUUUAAUAAGCAAAAGAUCAAUCAAUGGGAGAUGAUCAUGAAUAAAUUGAGGCAAAAUAACAAAAGAAACAAAACAAAUUCAAUCAGUAUUCGUUCGAUGGUUACCUUUUCUCUCUCUAUACUAUCUCUCUCUCUUUCUUUCUCGCUAUUGUCAUUGUUUUGUAAACAUAUCGAGGAAAAUUUCUAGAAAUUUAUUAAGUAACUAUUACUAAAUAAAAUAAACAGUUUAACAACA